AAAUGCAACACAGGAGAAAGUAAACCGUUGUACGUCAAAUUUACUGAUAAACGACGCUAAAGUUAUUUAAAAUUAGAGUGUAAGCAGUCGACGAGAUACAUUUUGACAGCGAAGGUUGAAUAUGCCAUGAUACGGACUGCAAACUGAUUAUGAAAAAGUGGAAUGUACAAAAAUCACAUACAAGAUACCAACAACAACAACUGCAAUAAAAGCCGUCUCGCUGAUCAAAAGGAGAAGCUUAUCCAGGCUAUUAAAAGAAUCAAGCAUGAGUUAGAUGAGUGCAGGGAGGCGGAGAGAGAGACAUACACAGAGUCACUUGAAGUAGAGAGCAGGUUUGAGGAUCUGGAGCGAGAAAUCAGAGCCGAGUUCCAGAACCUCCAUCGCUUCCUGGACGAGGAGGAGUGUAUGGACCUGGAACGACUGAAGAAAGAAAGGCAGAAACAAGUGAAGCUGCUGAAGGAGAGGGAGAAGAAGAUUGCAGAGCAGGGCAGAGACCUGGAGAGAGCCAUCUCUGUGCUCAACAGCAAACUGACUGAGGACGACAGCCCUAAACUGCUCAAAGAAAUUCAAGAUCUCAUAAAGAGGUCUCAGGUCAGCUUCGUCCUCCCGGCAGAGGUGGACACAGAGGUGCGCUCUGGCAAGUUUGUGGGCCCCAUCCAGUACAGGAUUUGGAAACACAUGAAAAGCUGCCUCUACCCAAAUAUAACAUCAGUGACUUUUGACCCUGACACAGCCCACCCUAACCUCACCCUGUCGCCCUCCUGCACCUCGGUCUGGUUUGAAGAGGACAAAGAAGUAGGGGCGUGCCAGCCCAACCCACGAAGGUUUCACUACUAUUACUGUGUGAUGGGGCACCAGGGCUUCACCACAGGGCGACAUUACUGGGAGGUGGAGGUGGGCCGAAAGACAGCAUGGAGGCUGGGCGUUGUACGAGACGACGUCCACAGAGGGGAGAUGGCUUCCUCUGGCACAUCUAAUGGCCUCUGGACCCUGGCGCUGAAGAAAGGGGCCAUCAUGGCCUGCACUGACCCAAAGCCCACCAGGAUCAAUGUGUCUACCAACCUUGUUCGCAUUGGAGUCUUCUUAGACUGUGACAAAGAGGAAGUGUCCUUCUAUAAUGCUGUUACCAUGGCGCCGCUCUUCACUUUCAGCAUGGAUACGGUCUUGGUUCCUCUGUUCCCCUUCUAUAACCCAUGUGAUGCAGAUGAUGGGAAGAACGCUGGGCCGAUUAAAAUUUUUAACCCCUCGCUAUGAUGAUGAACUCCUCUCACCUGCUUGAAUAUUGUUGGUCAGUAGUGAUUACCGAUUCAUUAUUGAUUAACUUGUUCAUUUUAUAUUGACUGACUAUUUUGUAGCCGAAAGUGAGGUUCUAGAGUAAGUGUUCUCGCCAAAAAAACACAACAGUUAUUGUAACCACAGUUGAUUUGACCUGUAUUUUUAGUGUACAUCCUCUGUCUAAUCUUUACUGUGAGUUUAUUUGCAUGCCUUAUAUGUGAAUAAAAAUACUGCAUUAAAUUUGGACUUUGGAGAGAAGAAUGGGAUGAUUGGAGCAAAUUUUGAAACUGACGCAUGAAUCCGUCUGCAGUGUUAUGAGUGAAAGAGCGCAGAAAAACAACGCAUGGAGAAGGCUGUUCAAGUAUACAGUGUCACGGGACAGCUAUGUGGACAGCCUGCUGCUUCAGAGGUCCACAGCAGGUGUUAACUCCAUUACGUUACCUUUGGCCUAUCUAUAAAUACCCCUUUUGUGCCUGCUCUGCUUUGACACGUCCAGGCGUGGCUAUGGGAGCUGUGCACGAGACAAGAAGGAAGUAGGAUUAAAGGGACCCAGGGCCUGA